AUGAAGCCUGUGUAUUGGUCGCUUGCCUUUGGGCCUACUCUAUUUCAUAUAACGGGAGCAGCAGAAUCUGAAUCCUCCAAUAAUGGCACGGCCGGGUCACUCGGCCAUAUCGUGGUCCUGAAGGCAGACUUGGAAACUAGGCAUAUUGACGAGCAUAUUGACUGGGUCAACGGAUUGCAUAAGGGAGUAAACGGCAGAGACGACUCUAACCAAGGUCAGGGUAUUGAACAUACCUAUCGCGUAGAAGCCAUUGGUUUUCACGGCUACGCGGGCAGGUUCUCAGUUGAAGUGCUCAAGCAAAUUACAGAGCACCAGCACGUUGACUUUGUGGAAGAGAAUCAAGAAAUUGCGGUUGAGCCCGAGAGACGAGAGGAAGGCCAGGAGGCAGACAAGUCAUCUGAUGAUUCGGGUCAAGAACAGCGCCAGGAGGCAGACAAGUCAUCUGAUGAUUCGGGUCAAGAACAGCGCCAGGAGGCAGACAAGUCAUCUGAUGAUUCGGGUCAAGAACAGCCAGAAAAAGUCGACAGUCCGCCUGCAAGCGUGGGCAACCAGAACAAAAAAAAAGCCAUUGGCCUCCUGACCAGAGGGCAAGGGUACAACACUUUCCUAGAGAAGGGCAAAAUUGUUGAUGCCGUUAUCUGGCCCCGCAACAAGAAGAGGGCUACGGCAAAUGGAACGACUGUUCUCGCCGGCAAUGAGACGACUCAAACUGAGGCAAUUUUCGACUUCAUUCCACCCACCACCGAAGUAGAGGACUUUAAUGAUGUCAACGCGACGCAAUACUUUGAGAUCUCCAAGCCCAAUGAAAUGAAAGAUCGUGUCGCUGCCAAUUUAAAGGAAUUUAAAGAGCAAAAGAAGAAGGAAAAGGAGGAAAAGGAUAGACUGCUUGAGACGAAUGAGAUACAAACUCGGGCCGAGGAUCCAAAGUGCCCUGGCAUCUUGAGAAAGGAGUACAAGUUUACCGAAGAUUACGAUUCCUACUUGAAGCUUCUCGGUAUCAGCGGUGGCGCAACCAUCUCGGGUUGGGGCCAGAGUGCUUCUGUGUCCGGAAACUACCUAAAUCAGGCAAAAUUUGCUAAAAACAGCCUGACAUAUGUUGCGUUUCUUGAUGUUGAAAGACAGAUGACUACACCUGGUGGAUUCGAGCUCAAUAAGGCUAGAUAUAAGCCCGGACAAUUUUCUCAAGAGUUUGGAAACCGGUGGAUUCAUGGUUUCAAGACUGGCGGCAAGAUGAUUGCUCGCGUAACAUUUACUUCCAAAGAUAAUACCAAGACAUCAGAUCUCAAGGCACAUGCUGAGGCUUCAUUGGGCUUCUGGAGCGUCAGGGGGGAAUUGACCGCAGACGUGAAGAAGAGCAUGGAAGAAGUGAACAAGCAUACUAAUGUGGAUGUGUCACUCUUCUACCAAGGCGAGCUUGGUAUCUUCAUGGGAGAAAAGGAGGGAUCGCCCACGGAUAUUCCGUCUGGAUCUGCAGAGGCAGUGCUUGGGCAGGUCAAGGCGUGGGCCGACAAGUUUGAGAGCUAUGCCUGCAAACACGACUAUGCUUACGGUCCCCUUUUGGACGAAUACGAAACAGUCCCAGGCUUCAGUGAACUGGAAGACGAUAUAGAAAUUCCCGAUUACGAUACUGCGCAUUUAUAUGCUCUUGAGAUUUUGGCCAUCAUGGUCAAGGUUGAGGAGCAAAAGAAGAUUCUCUCAUCCGCCCCACAUCUAGACGACAAGGCAAAGCGCACAAUGUCUUUCACCGCGAUCAAGAUGAUCAAGGCAUGCAAGACAUGGGCUAAACUGGCUGAGCAAGAUUUAGAGAAAGCGGAAGCACAAGCACUGGACCUUGUCGAUCGUCUUAGCGCCCAAUUCGUCGAAAAGUACAAAGAUGACGUGGCCAAGACGCUGGGCCGAAAUAGUCCCGAAAACGUCGCGCGGUGCAGAAAGGUGCAGCAGGACAGGGUCAAAGAGUGUGUACAUUCUUCAAAAGAAGCCAACAGAGUAAAGGAAUGCGGUGACGAGGGUUACCAGGCGUACGAACAGUGCAAAAAUGGUGCUGCGAGAUAG